AUGCCACAAACAAGAAGUAAAACAACCAAAGCAAUAAUAUCAUCGGAAUCAAUUUCUUCUAACCAAAAUUUUUCUUCUGCUCCAGUAAAAGAAACUACAAGUAUAACUUCCAAAUAUUUUAGUAAUAGCAGCAGUAGUAUCACUGCUAAAACAAAAGUAACAGAAGAGGAGGAGGGUGAAGAGGAGGAAAAGAAGUUAUCACCAUCAAAAGUAAUAAAAAGUCAAUUAACCGAAAAAAGAACGCGUAAACAUGUCACUAUAGAAAUUGAUAAUAAUAAUGUUGAUGAUCCUUCUGCGAUAACAUCAUCACCCAAGAAAAAGAGAAAUGUUGAUGGUAAUAAACUUUUUUCUAUAGUCAAUAAUCCGCCUUUGAAUUGGGAGACUGUAUAUUCAUCCAUCAAAGAAUAUCGUAAAAACACCAUGGCACCUGUUGAUACAAUGGGUUGUAAUAAACUGGCAGAUGGUCCAAAUGAAAAAAUCACACCUCAAGUAUUUACUAAAUUAUCCUGUGAUAAUACAUUAAUGCUCUCCUCACAAACAAAAGAUUUAAUCACCUCUUCAACAAUGCAAUAUCUUAAAAAAAAUCUUCCAGGCGGAUUAACAAUAGAUAGUAUUUUAAAAGUUGAUGAAAAGUUUUUAGAUGAGUGCAUCUCAAAAGUAGGAUUUCAUAACAAGAAAGCUAAUUACAUUAAACAAACUGCAAAAAUUUGUAAAGAAAAAUAUGGAGGUGAUAUUCCUGAUACAAUUGAAGGCAUAUCUUUGCAUGCAUACAGCAUGGGAUCAGUGAGUAUAGGAGUCGAUGUUCAUGUUCAUCGUAUCUCAAACAGAUUAGGUUGGAGUAAUAGUGAGAAAGCUGGUCCUGAGGCUACUAGAAAAUCAUUGGAAACAUGGCUUCCACACUCAUUAUGGCAAGAAAUUAAUUUAUUGCUUGUCGGGUUUGGUCAAACUACUUGUUUACCAAGAAAUCCAAAAUGUUCAAAAUGUCCUGUGAAAAAUUUUUGUCCAUCUGCAAACAUUUAA